GGGGGAAAGCGGACCGGAAGUGACGUAUGCUAGUUCCGGUUGGCCGGAGCCCAGCGGCUGGUGGAAGAGUCGGUCAGGAGCUGCUUACACGGUCCUGAGAUCCGGAGAAGCCGGGGUCGGAUCCGGUAGCUCCUCAAGAGUUGUUGAUCUAUGAAAUGGCAGAGAAUGGAAAAAAUUGUGACCAGAGACGUGUAGCAAUGAAUAAGGAACAAUAUAAUGGAAACUUCACAGACCCCUCUUCAAUGAAUGAAAAGAAGAGGAGGGAUCGAGAAGAAAGGCAAAAUAUCGUCCUGUGGAGACAGCCACUUAUUACCUUGCAGUAUUUUUCUCUGGAAAUCCUAGUAAUCUUGAAGGAGUGGACCUCAAAAUUAUGGCAUCGUCAAAGCAUUGUGUUGUCUUUUUUACUGCUGCUUGCUGUGCUUAUAGCUACGUAUUAUGUUGAAGGAGCUCAUCAACAGUAUGUGCGACGUAUAGAGAAGCAGUUCCUUUUGUAUGCCUACUGGAUAGGCUUAGGAAUUUUGUCUUCUGUUGGACUUGGAACAGGGCUGCACACCUUUCUGCUUUAUCUGGGUCCACAUAUAGCUUCAGUUACAUUAGCUGCUUAUGAAUGCAAUUCAGUUAAUUUCCCUGAACCACCCUAUCCUGAUCAGAUUAUUUGUCCAAAUGAAGAAAGCACUGAAGGAGCCAUUUCUUUGUGGAGCAUCAUCUCAAAAGUUAGAACUGAGGCCUGCAUGUGGGGUAUCGGUACAGCAAUCGGAGAACUGCCUCCGUAUUUCAUGGCCAGGGCAGCUCGACUCUCAGGUGCUGAACCAGAUGAUGAAGAGUAUCAGGAAUUUGAAGAGAUGCUGGAACAUGCACAGACUGCACAGGACUUUGCCUCUCGAGCUAAACUGGCAGUUCAAAACCUAGUACAGAAGGUUGGAUUUUUUGGAAUUUUGGCCUGUGCUUCAAUUCCAAAUCCACUGUUUGAUCUGGCUGGAAUAACUUGUGGACACUUUCUUGUACCUUUUUGGACUUUCUUUGGUGCAACCCUGAUUGGAAAAGCAAUAAUUAAAAUGCAUAUCCAGAAAAUCUUCGUUAUAAUAACAUUCAGCAAACACAUAGUGGAGCAGAUGGUGGCUUUCAUUGGUGCUGUCCCCGGCAUAGGUCCGUCUCUACAGAAGCCAUUCCAGGAAUACCUGGAGGCCCAGCGGCAGAAACUUCAUCACAAAAGUGAAAUGGAUGCACCACAGGGAGAAAACUGGUUGUCCUGGAUGUUUGAGAAGUUGGUGGUUGUAAUGGUGUUUUACUUCAUCCUAUCCAUCAUUAACUCCAUGGCACAAAGUUAUGCCAAACGAAUCCAGCAGCGGUUGAACUCCGAGGAGAAAACUAAAUAAGCAGGAAAAGGUUUUAACAGCAGAAAAAGUAGAAUGAACGAGUUCUACCCUUAAAUUGGGAGGACUCUGAAACAGAAAGGAAAAUUGCCUUUUCCAAGCUGUAUCAAUUUAAUUUUUUUUUCCCUCAAAGUUUCGUCCCUAUUUCACACUCACAUACUUUUCCUUUGUGUGUUAAGGUAAGGUAUCCACCCUCGAUUCAACCCAAGUUGUACUUUAUUAGGGUGGAAUGUGAUGUUCAGCAGCAAACUUAGCAGAAACCGGCCUUCAAUUUAUUGCUUUGAAGAGGCCCAUAUGGUACAAUUAAAGAAUUCCAGACAACAAAAAAUAUAGUUCCUAAGUAUGUUAAAUUUGUCAAGGUUUUAAGGUUUGUCACAAAUGACUACUUUGUUUUUCUAAGUCAUCAAAAUGUAUAUAAAUUAUACUAGAUUGGGAUAACAGUUUUGCAUGUCUAUCAUGGUAAAAUUUAAUAUGCCAUCCUGCCCAACCCUUCCUCCUACCUGCAAAAAAAGGCCAUUUUAUGAUGCAUUGCACAUCCUCUUGGGAAACGGAUCUUUAAAUUUUAUGACAGUAUAAGGAGAAUCUGGUUGAUGUCUCACGAAUGAGCUGACACCAUUUUUUAUUCUGUAUAUUUAGAAUGAAGUCAUGAAAAAACUUUAUAAAGACAUCUUUGAUCAUUCCAAAA